UGGAGUUUGGCAUUGCUAAUAGUUGUGCAUCUAAUGUAUAUAUUCUUUUGUUGACUACAGGAUAUGGAAUAGAAUAUUUGGUUUAAUCAGAUAAUAUAAAUUAUUUCUUUUUGCAGAUGAUGAUUGGAAAAUGAAAGCUUAAGUAAGGGCAAUCAAUGAACUGAAAUAAUGGAAGCAGAAAAUUUACAAACUCAUUACACAACUGCCAUGGAGACUCUUCAAAAUUUAAUAAAAGACGCAAGCUCCACCAAGCAACGGAAAACUCUGGAAGAAGUUCAAAAAGCCAUUUGUCGUGCAAUGGAGAAUGAUAGGAAAAUGGUUACUCAUUGUCGGAAAUUGAAGUCAGAGAUAGCGUCGAAUUCUUCAAAAAUUAAAGCUGCUGUUCAGCUGUCCGAAGAGGACAAAACGACGAUAGAUACCUUAAAGGAAGAGUUAGAUAAAGCGUGGCUUUUUAUAAAAGAACUGAAAUCAGAUAACAGAAGAGUGUCUAAGCUGCAAAGCGAUUCUCCAUUGGUGUUAAACGAUCAUUCAUCAGAUGAUUCCACGUCUCAGUAUGAAAUACAACGAAUGAAAAACGAACGAAAGACAAUGCUUUGUGAGGUACAUAAAUUAAAAACUUGUCUCGAAAAAGAAACACAAACUGUGACUCGUCUACAGGGAGAGAAUUCUAUGCUGCUGCAAAAAAUAGAGAACACAAAAAAUUUUCUGAAUGAAAGAGCUCGGAUGAAGUUGCAACUUGAGUCAAAUGCAAAACAAAUGCAAACGAUGGAAGUAGAUUUAGAGGCAAAGAAGAGAGAAAACGUGAGACUCUCUCAGGAGAAUGAGAAGUUCAAGUUGCAAGUUUUCGAAUUAGAGGAAAAAUUAGUCAACAAAGAAAAACUAUGGACCGAACAAUCUUCUGUCAACUAUACAGAAAGCGAUGAUAAAGAGCAAUUCGAAUGCAAUGCCGCAGAAUUGAGUGAUACACAGAUUAAAAUGGACAAGAAACUAACGGCUACGAAAUGGGAGAAGAAAUUUAGAAAAUUACAAAAUCGUUUUAAAAAGAUUAACCAAUUGUAUAAAGUCAGUAAAUCUAAUGUAAUCCAAUUCAACGUCAGCUUUCAAAAAAUGACGCGAGUGUUGAAUGGUACCAAGGCAGAAAAUGUUCGAUUGCGUCAAGAAUCAUCGGAUAAAACGCGAGAAAUUGAAGCACUUAAGAGUCAAAAAGAUGAACUACUAAGUGAAAGUAGCAAACUGUCUCUUGCUACGAAGUUGCUGGAGGAGUUAAGAGACAAGUACGUUAGUAAUAUUGGAAAACUAGAAGAUGAACGGCAUAUUUUGAGGGAGAAGUUAGCAAAAAUUGAAUCUUGCAAGUAUUUAGAUACCAUCGGAAAUUUAAAAACGGAAUUAGCCUCUAUGGAAGCAGACUUGCAGUCUGAACGAAUAUCUGUUACUCAAUUUAAGACGGAUCUAAUGAAAACAAAAAAUGAACUCCAAGAAAUUAAUGAGAUUCAAAAAGAAAAUGAAGAAACUGUAGCAAAAAUACUUUAUGAGAUUGAUAACGAAUGUUCUAAAAUUCUAAAAAGUAAAAAUUUAAGAGAGGGCUCGCAAAUGAAUUUAAAUCCUUCCAUCCAAAAAUUAGAACAGAAUGUUUUGAUUAUAAUUGAGUAUUUAAAUGAAUUGGCUCAAAUUAAUAAAAAACUGACUGAUGAAGUUAAUAAGUCGAAAAAGAAGGGUUUUUCAAAACAUAAGAAAAGUAAACACUCGUUAGAUGAAAUAUACCCGAAAUCAGAAGACAUUCAGAACAGUAAAUGCUCGUUAGAUGAAAUAUACCCGAAAUCAGAAGAUAUUCAGAACAGUAAAUGCUCGUUAGAUGAAAUAUACCCGAAAUCAGAAGACGUUCAGUACAGUAAACACUCGUUAGAUGAAAUAUACCCAAAAUCAGAAGACCUUCAGUCAAAUGCGUCUUCAGUUUGUGAGAAUGAUGAAGCAGAUGAUGUCAUAGAAGGUGCCGGAGCGGAGAAAAUCAAUGUAUUGACGAAUUCACACAUUGUUCCCCAAACUGAAUUAAGUGUUUAUUUACUGGGUAAUUUGGAACAAUUCCAGAAGGAAAAAGAACUGAAACCAGGUUUUGGGCGAGUUUGUGAUACAACGCCAUCGAAUGAAGAAAUAUUUGCUGAUGAUUCCGAGAGCAGUGAAUGUGAGUUUUCGUUACACACAAGCAAAGAAGACUCUUCAUCGAAAAGUUAUCCUUCGGUUGGAACAUCGGUCUCCGAAUUCGACAACAACAGAUUAUUCUUCGAGAGUGGUGAGUUAGGUGAAAGCGAGAGUGAUCAGUUUACUGAAAAGAAAAGUAAUUUUGCUGAUGUGGACUUCGGAAAAAAUUUCCUAGAUUUAGAUGGUUUAAGAAAAUUUAAAGACUUGCAGAUUGUAAGACAUGCUAGUUCGAAAAAGAAGCAAACAGGUUCAGGUAGAUUCAGGAAAUCGAAAGAUUCUGAGAUUAUAAAAGAAAUUAGUUCGAAGAAAAAAGUAGAUACAGAUAGUUUCAAGAGAUCAAAAGAUUUACCGAAAUUAUUAAAGGAUAGUUUGAGGAAGCAAGCGGACGUUGUCUCUAUUAAUGAAGUGGUGGAUAAUACAAGAUUGAAAGCAUUCAGAAAUAUGUACGAAAAUAAGACACAUAAAAAGAAAUUGAACAAUUUAUUUCUCAGCCUUAAAAAAGUUUAAAAUCUUAUCUAGCAACAUUUAUAAGAAAUUAAUAUUUGUUUUACAUAACAUAUUUCCUCCAAAAACAGUUAUGAUAUAAGAAUGGAUUAAUUAGGAAUGGGAAUUAAAAUUUUUAA